AUGUCCGUCAAGCAGAUUUAUUACUCCGAAAAAUACUAUGACGACGUCUUUGAGUACAGGUAAAACCUUUGAAAAGUUCAAAUAUGUCUUUUAGUGUGGCUUGCUAUCUUGCCCAAGCACGCAGCCAUUUAAGUUCGCGUCUUGAAAAGUCAGCAGCGAACGAACAUAAAAAAAACCCUGCUGUAACUUUUAAUAAAAACAUUAACGCUAGCAAGUUUCUCAAGCUCUGUAAAAAAAGAAACUCUGAAGGCAAAAUUUUCUCUUCGCAAGAAAGUAGGCCGAAAGUGUUUAUUUUGAUCUAAGCCGUCUGGCAUGGCGGAACAUCUGGCGGAACGCCACACUCUUGCAAGUCGUCUUAUCCUUCGUUUUCUUUUCAAGGCAUGUUUUGCUGCCAAGAGAAAUAGCAAAGCUUGUACCUAAAAAGCAUUUAAUGUCGGAGGCCGAAUGGCGAAGCCUUGGUGUUCAACAGUCUCAAGGAUGGGAAAAUUACAUGAAACAUGAGCCAGGUAUGUGCCACUUUGUGCUCAAUUCUUUGUUCAUACUCUUAUGCAUUCAUCUCACUCAAAACGCCAGUUUCAGCUAUGAUACUAGUAAGCAAACGUAAAAUGAAAUUAUAAUAAUACCCUUAACACUACCCCCGGGGUUUCUUCGCUCUAAAAAUCUCGUAACUUUCAGCGCGUAAACUUUCUGGGUUGGUACUGCCUGGGGUACUAAAAUCAAAAAUGACAAGAGAGCCUGAUAGUACUUUUGUGGGACAUUUUAUGGUACUCAGCUUUAAAAAUGAAAUAAGGGAACAAUUUUCAUUCUUAGUCACUGAAUACUAUUGGUACCUCUUAGUUUGAUGGACAUUUUUUCAUAGCAGAUUUAAGGAGGUGAGCAGGGGAACUGUACUGGGCCGCAGUUUGUCUGGGAGUUUUGCUUUACUUUAUGAAAAAGGUUGUAAUAAAAAUUAAUAUAAAUUUAGAGAAUUAAAUUCUGGACAUAAAUACACCUAGAGAUCUGCCAUUUGUAUAAGUCUGAAGGACUACUCCGGCUAUAACAUUUAAUGUUAUGGGCCACAGCAAUCCUUCACCGAAGAUAACAGACAAGUCUUUGAGUAAAAUUUCUCUUAAUCAUGAGAAUGGUAAUUUUAUAUAUUGCAAUAUCAUUAUUUCAGAGCCCCACAUUUUGCUGUUCAGACGAGAAAGAACUGACAUGGCAACCAAUAGAAAAUGA